UUGGCAGCCGGGGAGCCUCGGAGGCUCCGGGAUCCCCGGGAAGCUUCGGAGAAGCCCGGCCGGAUGGCGCAAGGAUGGGCCGGCUUCUCCGAGGAGGAGCUGCGGCGGUUGCGGCAGAAUAAAGAUCCAUUUGAGCCCUCUGAUCGACAAAGGCGUUAUCAUAUGAACAAAAGUCGCCAACAACUACAACGUGAAAAGGCCCUUCAGCAACAAAGCCAAAAGCUUGGACUUCAGGAUGGAACUACAUCAAUACCUCCAGAGCAAUUGCUUUCUGCACCAAAACAGAGAUCUGACUCUCAACAGCGUCACCCAUCUUCUCUCAUCUCCCCUGCCGAUAAUGAAAAGCAGCAGCAGAGCAUUGGAAAUCAACAGAAAAAGAUGGGACUUGAGAAUUCCCAUAACGAUGAUAAAAAAGAUGAGAUUCUUACUCCAAAACCAAACUGUAAAUUGGAAAAAAAGAAAGUGGAAUUGUUAACCAGGCAGGAGAAAUCUCAUUGGGAAGUCCUCCAGGAAGAACAACGAUUAAUGGAAGAGAAAAAUAAACGGAAAAAAGCAUUUUUGGCCAAAGCUAUUGCAGAAAGAUCUAAAAGGACUCAGGCAGAAACCAUGAAACUACAGCGGAUCCAGAAGGAAUUACAGGCUUUAGAUGACAUGGUAUCAGCUGACAUUGGAAUCUUACGGAAUCGGAUUGAUCAGGCAAGCCUAGACUAUUCCUAUGCUCGGAAGCGAUUUGACAAAGCAGAAGCCGAGUACGUGGCUGCCAAGCUGGACCUGCAGCGGAAGACGGAGAUCAAAGAGCACCUCACAGAGCACCUCUGCACCAUCAUCCAGCAGAACGAGCUCCGCAAGGCCCGGAAGCUGGAGGCGCUCACGCGGCAGCUGGAGGCGGAAGCUGAUGAGGAAAGUCCGGAGCUGGAGCCAGAGGCAGAAGAGUCGCUGCCGCCGCCACCUGAGGAAGGAGGAAAGACACCAGCAGCCCUGUCACCAGAGGCAUCGCGGCCGCCGGAGAAUGGCGGCUCUCCAGCCACGGCCGACCCAGCCGCAGGGCCCGGAGGAGAGGACCAGGACCCCCGGGGAGAUGGCGGGGCCUGUCCAGAGCAGGAAGCAAAAGCUGCUACAAGUGCGCUGUCCAACCAUCUGGCCGCCUAAAGAGCCCGUCUGUGCUGUCUGGGCGGUGCCGGGCUGUUUGCAGUCAGGUUGUACCCCAGCGAUGAAAUGGAGAGUAAAACCCCAUUAAAGCCAUCUUUAGAGCAGUCAGGAGUCGCCUUUGUGAGGUGCCAAGGCACAGGGAUGCAAUUGUAUUGUGAAGCACGACUUACUUAGCCUCGCCUUCGUCUGGGGCACUUUCUUCCCCUGCUUCAUGCCCUCAACGCCUGCCGGAGCCCGGCUCCCCGGGCCGCGUUUUCUCGCCUCCGGGCAGGCCUUUUUCUGCAGAGGUUUACUCUCCCCCCCUCGCUUCCUGUUUCUCACCUCUUUUUCAGAGAAGCCGAAUGACAUCACCACCAUUAGUCCUAGAGUGCCAUUGACCCACUCAGUGACUUCCCUGGCCAUAACUGCCUUCUCAGCCCGCUCCCCAAUAGUGUUGAAUAUCAGCUCUUGGAUCUUUCAGGAGAGGGACUGGCAGUAUUGUCAGUGUUUUACAUUUCGUUCACAUUCACUUCCUUUACCAUCUCAUUUAAGGAGGCUUAUUUGAAGAAUUAAAAAAAAAAAAAACAUUGCCAGAAUUUUUAACUUUCCUGUUUUAAAAAUCGUUUUUCUGAUGCCCAUUAAAAGCAACAGACCUAGAAAUAACUUUCCGUGUAAUACUUUGUCUGAACAGUAUUCAAUUCUGCUGGGAAAAUUGACGAGUUGUUCUUCAUUUACACGGGUUUUCAUUUGUUUGGGAGGGAGUGAUGUGUUCGCAAAGCAUCUGUUUCUCUCUGACUAUUGUGCAAGAUGGUGUCCCUCUUCUAAAUAGGUUCAUUGUUGAAUGCCUCAUCUGAUCUAUAGCAGGUUUGUUAAACACUACUCAAGAGGUCCAUAUUUGAACUCAUCUGCUGUUGACUUACUUUCAUUUUAUGAAUCACAAUGGAUAGAUCAUAUGAUUUUUAUAGCAUUGGAUGGUUGCCCCGUUAAAGACUCUUGGGAGAAGUACUGUCUACAAAGCAAUGGAUUUCUACUAUUACUAUUACAUUGCUUCAGUGCUGCUGGUUGUCUAAAUUAGGAAGAAGACUCAGCUAUUUAACAUAAGAGUGAAAAUGGCAUAUAAUAAGAUGUAUCAGGGAAUAAUUCUUUAGGUAAAUGAUUGCUGUUUCUAAUUUAAAAAAAAAUUUUGUUACUCUUUUCCAGUUUGUUUUGUGUGUUGGGAGUAAAUUAACCUACAUAAUAAAACAGAUUUUUAAAUGUUAUAGCUAUUAUUGAUUUGCUAUUACUUUAAUAGUUUUUCCAUUUUUUACUGCCAUUUGCUUGGCCAGUAUGUUUUACUCCAUGAACUUCUGUGUAAAUAAGUGCUAUAAUUUCAUCAGAAAAACCUGUGGAGUUUCUGUAUUAAGUUAUGAUCAAUGUAUCACAUACCCUAAAAAAAGUGCAAGGAUUUCUAAACUAAAGUCAUUUUAUUUGGAGAAAGGAAAUGUGCAAUACUAAUUACUUCUCAGAAAAACUUAGAAACAUCUUACUUAAUGUGUGGACUAAGAAUUAUACUAUAACUUCACUGUCAUUUUGUACUCCUGUGUAUGUAGCUAUAUAUUUGUAUAUUAUGCAAUAUGAUUGGAAUAAAAGUAUUGUUACUGUCAUCUUCAAAAUUGAAAACAUAGGUAAACAAUUGCAUUUAAAUUUAUGAAUGGUAUACAUAAAAUUGAAACCUUCCAUGUCCAAGUUAAUCUUAUUUUUCUAAAAAUAAACAAUCAAAUGAAUUUACUCCA